AUGUCUGAGCAGGCCGACCCCUUUGCUAAACCGUCGUUCUUGGACGACUCUAAAACUGUGGUGAAGGAGUGGAUGGAUAAUCGUCAGGCGAAGGAGUUGGGUGGCUUCAAGACAACGUGGAAACCUGGGGGAGAUCCUGAGGACCCUAGCAGUAGUGUCCCUCAUAAGUUCAGAAUUAACUAUGACUUUACGGAUUCGACUCUGGGGUCUCAGUUAUGGGAAGACAGUGCUGCCCUUGGAGAUAUGCCCUAUACGUAUUUCGUUGGAAAUCGAUUUCCCACUCUCUCAACGGCAGAGAACUACAGGUAUUGGAAAGACCGGGGCAUCGAUCGCUUGAUGCCUCGCGUAUUUCCGAUCAAGUUGCCCGAGUGGAGAAAAUUGGAUCCUAGAUUCAGGGAGUAUCUUUUCUUCCUUCACUCGUUGGAUCCCGCGAGGUUCACUAUCAGUCGAAUUGCAGAGAGAUAUGGACUCCGGGAGAGGGAUGUUCGAGUGGCGAUCAAACGCUAUGGUGCUGGAUACUACCUCUGCCGGACUGGCUUGACAAAGCUGAAGGAUAAACAAGAAGAUCGGACUGAGAAAAUUGAACUGGCGAAAGAGCAAAAUUUUGCUAAACACGUUGGAUACGAUGUGGUUGGUCACCAAGGUCACGAUCCGGAGUCUGACGACGAGUUCGAAGGAUGGAGGAGUCUCAAGGACUGGGUCCGUCAGCAGUCAGUAGAGGUGGAGAGUAUGUCGGCUUUCCCGAUGCCGGCAAAGAGAGAUCCUCUGCCUAAGCGAGUGGACAUCGAUAUGGUGGUCCACAAUGAUAGUGAGUGUCAAAUUAUCAACUGGAUAGAUCCACAUGACAAAGUGACUUUCUAA